GAGAAAUGCAGAAGGACUUCACGAGAGUGCAGUUUCCAAAACCCUCAGCCAGAUACGAGUACACGCUCUGGAGAGAGUUUUACUUUGAAGGAAAUGGAACUGCUGCAUCAUUUCGUCACUCACACGGCCAAAACACUUUCGGACCAGACAGAGCACCAACACAUAUGGCAAACUGCAGUAGUCCAAAUCGCAUUUAAACACAAGUUUCUGAUGCAUGGGAUUCUCGCUGUAGCUGGUCUUCACGUGUCAGUUACGCGUCAGUGCGAGGAAGACGAUCUUUCAAUGUUAGCUGCCAAUCAUCAGGACUUGGGUUUGCAAGGAUUCCGAUCUGCUCUGGAGAACUUCAACUCAGAAAACUGUGAAGCAUUGUUUGCGUUUUCGAUACUGGUAGCGUGCUAUAUUAUCGCCUCAUCAGGGACUCGUCUCAACCCAAAUCUGACAACUGGAAGUGUAUUCAACGAGGUCCUACUGGGUGCUGUUGUAGACUGGAUACGCAUAUUCAGAGGCACUGAUCACAUCGCUCGUCGUGGUAAGAUGUGGCUUGAAGAUGGUCCUCUUGCGCCCUUGCUUGUAGACAGCGCUUUCUGCCAGAUCACCCAGCCCAUAGACGACAAAGCCGUCAAGGAAGACGAAUAUUUAGCCAGCCUACAACAGCUAUGGCACCCUGGUACGCCAUCCAUGGUACAGGAUGUUAGUAGCGAGGAGGCAGCCAUAUACGAUGAGGCCUUACACUACUUGCGAGAGGCUUACGGCCGCAUGAGCCGAGCCAAAGCACCGCCGAACAACUGUACAUGGUGUUAUGCAAAAUCUGCUCAGACCGACAACCCCCAUCAAUUUAUCUCACCGAUAGUCGCUGGCUACUUCUGGUUCGUACAGGUCCCGGUCGAAUUUUUCGAGAUGCUCGAGCAGCAUAAGACUGUUGCUCUCGUCCUCCUAGUACACCAAGGGGUUCUGAUCAAGAGGGUUGGCAACCUUUGGUGGAAUCGGACACCAGCGUUCAAAGUCGCGAGCUCAGUAAACUCGACAAUACCUUCGGAGUAUCAUGCUUGGCUCGAGUGGCCGAACCAAGAGAUUGAGUACGAUCCCCACGCUGACUGAUCCUUCUCCUGAUCCUCCUCCGAGGUUGGGCAAACCCCUCUCAGCCAGCUACUUAAUGCUCCACAGUCCUCCCUCGACGACACACGGGGUCAACUGAUCACACGCGUCUCUGGACAAGACGUCUGACAGCACAAAAAGCUCGCUACGACUGACGCUGUGGGUUUAUCGACUUUACGCGACUCUAUACUAGUAGUCACGGUGCGAUCUAAGUCUCUGGAUCAACCAUGAACGCCUUCUCUUAUUCCAAGGCCACGUGCCGU